AUGGCCGAGGAGAAAUCCAAAAUCUCGGCGUCAGUGGAAGCUGCAGCUGAAGACGCUGCUGCUGCAGGGGCGAGCGGGAGCUGGAGGCGGGAGGAGCAGGAGCGGGCGGCCGAGAAGCUGCGGGUGCUGGAGCUCUGCCCCCCUCGCCCUCGAGGGCUGGGGCGAGCGGAACUGCAGGAGCUGUGCCGGGAGCUCCACGCCCGCGUGGGCCGCGUGGACGAGGAGCGCUAUGACAUGGGCACCCGCGUCAGCAAGAACGUCACCGAGAUGGAGGAGCUGAGGCGCCGGGUGGCCGCGCCGCGUGGCAUGGGCCGGUUCGUGCGGCCCAACCUGCGGCGGGUGCGGCUUUCGGCGGACCGCGAUGAUGACGGCCUGCUGCUGGGCUCCAAGCACCGCGUGGGCACCGACCUGAGGGCCGGGCUGCGCCAGGGGGUGCGCAAGGACGAGGCCGAGAAGGAGAACCGCGAGGUCGGGGACUGGCGCAAGAACGUGGACGCCCUGAGCGGCAUGGAGGGCCGCAAGAAGAAGUUCGAGGGGGCGGCGGCCUGA